AUGUUCGGGGAAGGCUCCCGAGUGUCCUGUGUCCACUACAUGGCUGUGCCCGUGCCUGGCCCGGCCCUCGCCCUGCCUGUGUGGGGGACCCCAGGAGGCUGGGACACAGCAGCCCUCCAGCCCAGGAGCCCAGGACCGGAGCGUGCCUGCCCCGUGGAGCAGGGCUUCCGCAACCCGUCUGGCUGGACACUGGUGGGCAGGGGCCUGGGGGAGGGCGGGGUGCCACCGCCCACGUGGCCCUUAACCCUGCGCACGUGGUUCGAGCACGUCAGCAUGGUGGUCAUCCUGCUCAACUGUGUGACCCUGGGCAUGUUCCGGCCGUGCGAGGACGUCGACUGCCGCUCGGAGCGCUGCCACAUCCUGGAGGCCUUCGACGACUUCAUCUUUGCCUUCUUCGCGGUGGAAAUGGCUGUCAAGAUGGUGGCCCUGGGGCUGUUUGGGCAGAAGUGCUACCUGGGCGACACCUGGAACCGUCUGGACUUCUUCAUCGUCAUGGCGGGCAUGAUGGAGUACUCGCUGGAUGGACACAACGUGAGCCUCUCGGCCAUCCGCACGGUGCGCGUGCUGCGGCCACUCCGUGCCAUCAACCGCGUGCCCAGCAUGCGCAUCCUGGUCACGCUGCUGCUGGACACGCUGCCCAUGCUGGGCAAUGUGCUGCUGCUCUGCUUCUUCGUCUUCUUCAUCUUCGGCAUCGUCGGCGUCCAGCUCUGGGCCGGCCUGCUGCGCAACCGCUGCUUCCUGGACAGCGCCUUCGUCCGGAACAACAACCUGAGCUUCCUGCGGCCGUACUACCAGACAGAGGAGGGCGAGGAGAACCCGUUCAUCUGCUCGUCCCGCCGCGACAACGGCAUGCGGCGCUGCUCGCACAUCCCUGGGCGCCGUGAGCUGCGCGUGCCCUGCACGCUGGGCUGGGAGGCCUACGGGACGCCGCAGGCCGAGGCCGCGGGCGCCGGCCGCAACGCCUGCAUCAACUGGAACCAGUACUACAACGUGUGCCGCUCGGGCGACGCCAACCCGCACAACGGCGCCAUCAACUUCGACAACAUCGGCUACGCCUGGAUCGCCAUCUUCCAGGUCAUCACGCUGGAGGGCUGGGUGGACAUCAUGUACUACGUCAUGGACGCGCACUCCUUCUACAACUUCAUCUACUUCAUCCUGCUCAUCAUCGUGGGCUCCUUCUUCAUGAUCAACCUGUGCCUGGUGGUGAUCGCCACGCAGUUCUCGGAGACCAAGCAGCGGGAGAACCAGCUCAUGCGGGAGCAGCGCGCCCGCUACCUGUCCAACGACAGCACGCUGGCCAGCUUCUCGGAGCCGGGCAGCUGCUACGAGGAGCUGCUCAGGUACCUGGGCCACGUGUGCCGCAAGGCCAGGCGCCGCGGCCUGCGCCUCUACGCCCGCUGGCAGAGCCGCCGGCACGAGCAGGCGGAGCCGGGCGCCCCGGCGGGCCAGCCCCGGACGGGCAGGCGUGCGGCCUCCGUGCACCACCUGGUGUACCACCACCACCACCACCACCACCACCACUACCACUUCAGCCAUGGCAGCCCCCGCCGGCCGGGCCCCGAGCCGGGCGCCGGCGACACCAGGCUGGUCCGGGCGGGCUCACCACCGUCCCUGGGCCGUGGGCCUCCCGACGCCGAGUCCGUGCACAGCAUCUACCACGCCGACUGCCACGUGGAGGGGCCGCAGGACAGGGCCCGGGCGGCCCACACCGCGGCCACGGCGGCUGCCAGUCUCAAGCUGGCCGCCGGCCUGAGUGCCAUGAACUACCCCACCAUCCUGCCCUCGGGAGUGGGCGGCAGCAAAGGUGGUGGCAGCCCCAGGCCUGAGGCGGAGCCAGCGCACAGCCCGCUGAGCCUGGGCAGCCCCGGCCCCUACCAGCGGAUCCAGCACGCGGUGGGGGAACACGGACUGGGCCGGGCCGCCGGCCGCCUUUCGGGCCUGAGCGUGCCCUGCCCCCUGCCCGGCCCCCAGGCGGGCACGCUGUCCUGCGAGCUGAGAGAGUGCCCGCACUGCGCCAGCGCCCGGGAAGACCCUGGCUGUGAGCCUGGCGGCUCCGAGAGCGGGGACUCCGACAGCCACGGGGCCUACGAGUUCCCAAAGGACGUGCAGCAUGGCGACCGCCGGGACCCCCUGCAGCCGCCCCCCACGGCGGAUGCGCCCAGCCAGGGUGGCGCGCAGCGGCGGCAGGCGGCCCCGGGGGAGCUGGGCGGGCUGGGCCGCCUGUGGGCCGCCCUUGGCUGCAAGCUGCGGCGCAUCGUGGACAGCAAGUACUUCAACCGUGGCAUCAUGGCGGCCAUCCUGGUCAACACACUGAGCAUGGGCGUGGAGUACCACGAGCAGCCCGAGGAGCUGACCAGCGCCCUGGAGAUCAGCAACGUGGUCUUCACCAGCCUGUUCGCCCUGGAGAUGCUGCUGAAGCUGCUGGCCUGCGGGCCGCUGGGCUACGUCCGCAGCCCCUACAACAUCUUCGACGGGGUCAUCGUGGUCAUCAGCGUCUGGGAGAUCCUGGGGCAGGCGGACGGCGGCCUGUCCGUGCUGCGCACCUUCCGGCUGCUGCGCGUGCUGAAGCUGGUGCGCUUCCUGCCGGCGCUGCGGCGCCAGCUCGUGGUGCUGGUGAAGACCAUGGACAACGUGGCCACCUUCUGCAUGCUGCUCAUGCUCUUCAUCUUCAUCUUCAGCAUCCUAGGGAUGCACCUGUUCGGCUGUAAGUUCAGCCUGAAGACAGACAGCGGGGACACCGUCCCCGACAGGAAGAACUUUGACUCGCUGCUGUGGGCCAUCGUCACUGUGUUCCAGAUCCUGACGCAGGAGGACUGGAACGUGGUCCUGUACAACGGCAUGGCCUCCACCUCCUCCUGGGCCGCUCUCUACUUCGUGGCUCUGAUGACCUUCGGUAACUACGUGCUCUUCAACCUGCUGGUGGCCAUCCUGGUGGAGGGCUUCCAGGCGGAGGGCGACGCCAACAGGUCCGACUCGGACGAGGACAAGACCUCCGCCCCCUCCGAGGAGGGUUCCAGCAAGUUCCAGGGCCUGCGGGCCACAGAGGUGAAGACGUGCUCGCUGGCAGUGACCCCCAACGGGCACCUGGAGGGCCGUGGCAGCCGGCUCCCCCCCCUUAUCAUGCGCACAGCGGCCACCCCCACGCCCACCCCCAAGGGCUCCCCGCUCCUGGAUGCAGCCCACGGGCUCCCGGACUCCCGGCGCAGCAGCAGCGGCUCCGUGGACCCCCAGCCGGGCGACCAGAAGUCUCUGGCCAGCCUCCGUGGCUCACCCUGCGCCCACUGGGGUCCCAACGGAGCGUGGAGCAGCCGGCGCUCCAGCCGCAGCAGCCUCAAGCGGCGCAGCCAGCGCGGGGAGCGGGAGUCGCUGCUGUCCGGCGAGGGCAAGGGCAGCACGGACGACGAGGCGGAGGAUGGCCCCCCGCUGCGGCGCGCCGAGUCCCUGGAGCCCCGCGGUGCCCUGGACCUGCGGCCCCCGCGGCCGGCCGCCCUCCCGCCCACCAAGCCCCACGACUGCAACGGGCAGAUGCUGGCUCUGCCCAGCGAGAUCUUCCUGCGCAUCGACAGCCACAAGGAGGACCCGGCCGAGUUCGAGGACGACGUGGAGGACAGCUGCUGCUUCCGCCUGCACAAGGUGCUGGAGCCCUAUCGGCCACGCUGGUGUCGGAGCCGCGAGUCCUGGGCCCUCUAUCUCUUUUCCCCGCAGAACCGGCUCCGCGUCUGCUGUCAGAGGCUCGUGGCGCACAGGCUGUUCGACCACGUGGUGCUGGCCUUCAUCUUCCUCAACUGUGUCACCAUCGCCCUCGAGAGGCCCGACAUCGACCCCGGCAGCACCGAGCGCGCCUUCCUCAGCGUCUCCAACUUCGUCUUCACAGCCAUCUUCGUGGCCGAGAUGCUGGUGAAGGUGGUGGCGCAGGGCCUGCUCGCGGGCGAGCACGCCUACCUGCAGAGCAGCUGGAACGUGCUGGACGGGUUGCUGGUCCUCGUGUCCCUGGUCGACAUCGUGGUGGCCAUGGCCUCGGCCAGCGGCGCCAAGAUCCUGGGCAUCCUGCGCGUGCUGCGCCUGCUGCGGACCCUGCGGCCGCUGAGGGUCAUCAGCCGGGCCCCGGGCCUCAAGCUGGUGGUGGAGACGCUCAUCUCCUCGCUGCGACCCAUCGGGAACAUUGUCCUCAUCUGCUGUGCCUUCUUCAUUGUCUUCGGCAUCCUCGGGGUGCAGCUCUUCAAGGGCAAAUUCUACUACUGCGAGGGCGCCGACACCAGGAACAUCUCCACCAAGGCCGAGUGCCGGGCUGCCCACUACCGCUGGGUGCGGCGCAAGUACAACUUCGACAACCUAGGCCAGGCGCUGAUGUCACUGUUCGUGCUGUCGUCCAAGGAUGGCUGGGUCAACAUCAUGUACGACGGGCUGGACGCCGUGGGCGUGGACCAGCAGCCCGUGCAGAACCACAACCCCUGGAUGCUGCUGUACUUCAUCUCCUUCCUGCUCAUCGUCAGCUUCUUCGUGCUCAACAUGUUCGUGGGCGUCGUGGUGGAGAACUUCCACAAGUGCCGGCAGCACCAGGAGGCCGAGGAGGCGCGGCGGCGUGAGGAGAAGCGGCGGCGGCGCCUGGAGCGGAAGCGCAGGAGCACCCUCCCCAACCCAGAGGCCCAGCGCCGGCCCUACUACGCCGACUACUCCCACGCCCGGCGCUCCAUCCACUCGCUGUGCACCAGCCACUACCUCGACCUCUUCAUCACCUUCAUCAUCGGCGUCAACGUCAUCACCAUGUCCAUGGAGCACUACAACCAGCCCAAGUCGCUGGACGAGGCCCUCAAGUACUGCAACUACGUGUUCACCGCCGUCUUCGUCUUGGAGGCUGCACUCAAGCUGGUGGCCUUCGGCCUCCGGAGGUUCUUCAAGGACAGGUGGAACCAGCUGGACCUGGCCAUCGUGCUGCUGUCCGUCAUGGGCAUCGCGCUGGAGGAGAUGGAGACGAGCGCGGCCCUGCCCAUCAACCCCACCAUCAUCCGCAUCAUGCGUGUGCUCCGCAUCGCCCGCGUGCUGAAACUGCUGAAGAUGGCCACGGGCAUGCGGGCCCUGCUGGACACCGUGGUGCAGGCCCUGCCCCAGGUGGGGAACCUGGGCCUCCUCUUCAUGCUGCUGUUCUUCAUCUACGCCGCCCUGGGAGUCGAGCUGUUCGGGAGGCUGGAGUGCAGUGAGGACAACCCGUGCGAGGGCCUCAGCAGGCACGCCACCUUCACCAACUUCGGCAUGGCCUUCCUCACGCUGUUCCGCGUGUCCACCGGGGACAACUGGAACGGGAUCAUGAAGGACACGCUGCGUGAGUGCGCCCGCGAGGACCGGCACUGCCUCAGCUACCUGCCCGUGCUGUCGCCCGUCUACUUCGUCACCUUCGUGCUGGUGGCCCAGUUCGUGCUGGUCAACGUGGUGGUGGCCGUGCUCAUGAAGCACCUGGAGGAGAGCAACCGCGAGGCCCGCGAGGACACCGAGGGGGACGGCGAGGCCGAGUCGGACAGCCCGCCCGCCCCGACGCGCCGGCCGCCCACACCACAGGAGAGCCCAGGGCCUGGCCGGGACGCCGCGAGCCUGCUGGUGCUGCGCAAGGUGUGCGUGUCCCGGAUGCUCUCGCUGCCCAAUGACAGCUACAUGUUCCGGCCCGUGGCGCCUGCCUCCGCACCCCCGCCGGGGGCGCUGCAGGAGGUCGAGUUGGACACCUACGCGGGCAGCAGCCCCCCAGGCCCUGCCACGACGGUGCUCUCGCCGGCUCCGGAGCCCGGCGCCUCCCUCCGCGCCCCGUCCCCUCGGGCUGCACCCCACAGCCCUGGCCUCGGCCGGCCGCCCUGCACACAGGAGGCUGCGCUCGCUGAGACCCUACAGGGGCAGGUGGAGGCUGCCAGGGGCAGCACCCCCGACCCCGCGGAGCCUGUGGAGAAGACCCCGGCACGGCAGGCGUCCCUGGGGGCUCCCCUGCGGUCCCCACCCCACUCCCCGCGUCCGGCCAGCGUCCGCACCCCCAAGCAGGCCCUCGGACAGUGCUGCACCUGCAGCCACCCGCCAGCCCCAGGUGGGGAGGAGCCGGAGGCCUCGGACCCCGCGGACCAGGAGGUCAGCAGCAUCACCAGCGCCGCCCGGCCCUGGCCCGCGGCCGAGUCCUGCAGCCCCGUGGCCUCCCCUGCGGCCCCCCGGGCGGCAGCCGGGGGGCCAGCCCUGCGCAGGUUCCACAGCGUGGGCGCCCCCGGCCCCCUGGACAAGCCCGGCCUGGUGGAAGGGCAGAGGUGGCCCUCGGCGGAGCUGGGCGGAGGGGCCAGGGAGGUGGAAUCUGCGCUGGGGGCCCGCAGGAAGAAGAAGAUGAGCCCCCCAUGCAUCUCCAUCGACCCUCCCACAGAGGAUGAGGGCUCGGCCCGGCCCCCCGCCGCAGAGGGCGGCAGCGGCCUGAGACGCAGGACCCCGUCCUGCGAGACCACCCCCCACAGGGACUGCCUGGAGCCCGCCGAGGGCCCGGGUGCCGGGGGGGACGCAGGGUGCAGGGCGGAGCGGCGGGCCCGGCCUGAGCACCUCACUGUGCCCAGCUUUGCCUUCGAGCCGCUGGAGGCGGCGGCUGUCGAGGGAGGCCCCUUCCCCGACGCGAGCUGCAGCGAGACCCCGGGGCCCACGGUGCCGCCCGAGCCCCGAGCAACAGAGCCGCCUGCAGACUCGGGGGACCCCCCCAAGACGGGGUGGGGGCCGCACCUCAGGGUGGCCCUGGGUGUCAGCACAGACAAGCCCGUGUAGCCUGGCUGAUGUGGGCAGGACUUCGGCCCAGGAUCCGGUGCCCCGUGGGGCGGUGGCCCCAGCUCAGUCCCCGCCGUGGGCAGAGGGGCCCGAGCAGGACGUCGGCCCAGGCAGGGCCACGGCAGAGCAGGGGCGGCCGCGGCCCAGGGCCUCCGUGUGGCCGAUUCGGGCCGUGCCGGUCCAGGUGAGCAGCCCCGUGAGGAGCGUCUGCGGGGCGCCCACACGCACAGGAGGGCACGGAGGAGCCCCUCCUCCACAGCCCUACAGGAACAUAAGCCGGGGGCCACCUGUGCCCUGGGGCAGUGCAGUCCCCAAGGCCGCCACGGCCAAGGUCACUCGCUCACCGCCCAGUCCUCACCACGCCCUCCGCACCCUACGCCACCCGCCCAUCCCGUGUGCUUGGUUUUGGGGCACCUCCGGGGAGUGGUGACCCCGCAAUAGGAUGGGGCUCCAGCCGCCAGGGUGGGGCGGGCGCCCUGCUGUUUGGUUUCCCGCCUUUGUUGGAUUCAGGUUACACUUGCAAUAAUCCACACAGAGCCCAGCUUCGGGAGGUCAGAGCAGAAUAAACGUAACUUAUUUA